UCGGCCGGAGCGAGAAUGAGUCAUCCGUUUGAGGGAAUCCCGGACGAAGCAACCAUGCCUGCGGAACCAGUCAAAGCGCCCAAGAAGGGCUCAAAGAAAGCGGUCUCCAAAGCCACCAAGACCGGAAAGAAGAGGCGAAAGUCUAGAAAGGAGAGCUACGCCAUAUACGUGUACAAGGUGCUGAAGCAGGUCCACCCUGACACCGGUAUCUCCUCCAAGGCCAUGGGCAUCAUGAACUCCUUUGUGAGCGACAUCUUUGAGCGUAUCGCCGGUGAGGCCUCCCGUCUGGCUCACUACAACAAGCGCUCCACCAUCACCUCCAGGGAGAUCCAGACCGCCGUGAGGCUGCUGCUGCCCGGGGAGCUGGCCAAGCACGCCGUGUCCGAGGGCACCAAGGCCGUCACCAAGUACACCAGCUCCAAGUAAACAGCCCUGCUGUUACCCCAACAACCCAAAGGCUCUUUUAAGAGCCAC